AUGAUCCUUGGACUUCAUACCGCUGUGUAUGAUUUUAGCAGCAGCCUGAUGGACGAACAUAAUUCUCUGUGGGACGCGACGCAACCAUGGCAUUUCGAAGAGUCCACGUGGCAAUUGCCCGAUUCAUUUCCAUUGGCAGCAGAUUUACAUCAUCAUGCCGCCUUGGAUCCAAUCCCAACCCCGAUCGAUCCAAUCGCGCUGCGAGAUUUCUUGGACGAUGCAGCAGCUAGAGCAAGUGCAACAGCAGAUGCAGCAGCAGCAGCAGCAGCAGCAGCAGCAGCAGCAGCAGCAGCAGCAGCAGCAGCAGCAGCAGCAGCAGCAGGUGCAGCAGCAGCAGCAGCAGCAGCAGCAGCAGCAGCAGCAGCAGCAGCAGCAGCAGCAGCAGCAGCAGCAGCAGCAGCAGCAGCAGCAGCAGCAGCAGCAGCAGCAGCAGCAGCAGCAGCAGCAGCAGCAGCAGCAGCAGCAGCAGCAGCAGCAGCAGCAGCAGCAGCAGCAGCAGCAGCAGCAGCAGCAGCAGCAGCAGCAGCAGCAGCAGCAGGUGCAGCAAGGGGGAGGAGCUCUGGUGAGAGUGCUGGGCUCAUGCAAGUUGAUGGUAACGCGAUUCUUGACAGUAGGGCAGGAGGGAGGGAUUUGGCGUCUGAACUGGAUUCUAUGGUACCAGGGGAAGGCGCUCGAUUUGGGGUAGCCCCAGCAGCAACAGGCAGAGCAGCAGGGGACCCAUUCAAUACAAGCCCGUUCGAUACAAGCACACGUCGGCAGCAGCGCAUGCUGACAGAUGCGUAUACAGUCACGCCAGUGGGAGGCGCGCCAGGUGGCGCGUCGGCAUUGGAGCAGCGGCUGAGAGGGACCCUAAGAGCAGGACUGCUUCAGCAGCAGCAACAAAUCAACCAACUAAGAUCCAAUCAGCCGAACCAACCAAGCAGGAGUGUAAAUCCGAAUGUGAAUCAGCCAGGAGUGACUCACCUGAGGGCGAUCCAGCCGAAGCAGAAGCACCAACCGAGAGUGAUACAACCCAGAGUGAUGGAGCUGCAGCAGCAGAGGGUGGAGGCGGUGCCGAGGGCAGUGAGUGAGUUUGGUGACUCGGAGAGUGUGCGCGACCUGGCUAGUGCGCGGGUGUCAGACGAGGGUCUUCAGCAGGACCUGCUUCAGCUGGCUGAAGCUGUUGCUACAGGCGACCAGCCACGCAUGGUGUCUUUGACUCGUCGUCUGCGCCCACUCUCCUCCCCUUAUGGCACACCAAUGCAGCGCGUCUCACACUACCUCCUCACUGCCCUCGCAAAGAGAGCUGCUGGGGCCCUGGGUACCGACUACAUCGCCUAUUUGAGCCGCGCUCCCGAGGUGAGAUGGAUGGUGGUGUUGAUAGGGACAGCUUAUGCUGCUACUGCCUCUGUCUCCCACUACCGCUUGAGGCGCCUCAAAAGUCGCUUCUGUCUCCCACUACCUCUUGAAGCUGCUGGCGCCCUGGGAACCGAGUACAUUGCCUAUUCCAUCCCUCUCCAACCUUCUCCAUCCCUUUCCAUCCCUCUCGACCCCUCUCCAUCCCUCUCCACCACAGGAGGCGGCGUUGAUUCUGACCUUUGCAGUGCACUGUCCUGCAGAGCUAUUCACAUGCGCUCACCUCCUCUCCACUCUUUUCUCUCCCCUCUCCAUCGAUCCCCUUUCCUCUCCAUCCCUCUUCACCCCUAUCCACCGCAGGAGGAGGCGCUGAUUCUGGCCUUUGCAGCACACUGCCCCACACUGCAGUUCUGCUACUCCGCGCUGGCCUGUGCCAUGCUGCUUCCUGCGGCCUUCCUCCAGGCUGAGCUGGCACGGGCGGCGCAGGAGUGCGGCGUGAGCUUGUCCUUUUCCCGGGUCGAGGCGGCGCCGGAGACGCUGCGGGCGGCGGCGAUUGGAGUGGAGCGCGGGGAGUGUGUUCUAGUGAACGUGGCUGGGCGGCUGGCCUGUGUGGCAGACUCUACAGUUCUGAGACACAGCCCAAAGGAUACAGCAAUAAAGGCGAUCAUGCAGCUAGACCCCAAGGUGAUGACGCUAGUGGAAUGGGACUCCAAUCAGCAGCAGCCCUUCUUCCUGUCUCGCUUUCGAGAUGCCCUUCUCUUCUUCCACAACGUCUUCUCCUCUCACGACGCCCUCGCCUCGCGCUUCUCCUUCGGCCGCCGCGGAUUCGAGGAAUUCGUGCUCGCACGGGAAAUGGUGAACCUGGUAGCAUGCGAGGGCAUGCAGAGGUUGGUGAGAGCGGAGAGUUUGGAUCAGAUGCAUGUAAGGAUGGGGCGGUUGGGGGUGGCGGCACGGCCGUUCAGCAAGAGGAGCAUGUGGGGGUUGAGAGAGCUGAUCGCGCCGUACCCUAAAGGGUUUGGCGUGGAGAGGCAUGCCCAGGGUGGCGUGCGGCUGCUGUGGAAUGGCCUGUCAAUUCUUGGUGCCUCUGCUUGGACUCCAGGAGGGGGAUUAGGGAGGAGUUGA